AGCAAGUCUCUUCUUUCCUGUUGCGUCUUGACGUCGAGAAGACCUCUUUCUCGACUCUGUUGUCUCUUCACUCCUCGUUCCUCCCCUUCCUCGCCGCUCUUCUUGUCUCCGCUACCUCAAAUGCUGCAAGCUCGCUGCUACACAAACGCAAGACGCUCCCUUCCUUCGUUGUCUUUUGUCAAAGUGCGUCUAAAGUCUUCUUACCACAUCCUCUCUGCCUCUCCCUCGAGAGCUGUUAGAGCACUCCGAGCUUGUUUUUUCCUCCGCUUGUCACUUGCGCUUUUCUUUUCCUCACCUCUGCUGCCUCGUCUGCGUUUCCUGUCUCCUUUGUUUCGCUUUCUUCCACCUCCUUCCUUUGAUUCUUUCCUUUCUGUCUCUGUCUCCGCUUCCUCUUCUCCCCUGUAGAUCCAAGAUGGGAGCAGCGGGAGGAGAAGCGAGGAAGGCUCCGCAUGGGGCGAAGGCAAAGAAACUCUCGGCGGCCGACUCUGGUGUCUCUACGCUCUCUGAAGACGCAAAGGAGAGCGGCAAAGGCAUCGUUGGAAGCGAACCAGAGAAAAAAGACAGACGCGCUCUGAAAAAGACAAAACGCUUUGACAAACAGAAGCCAGCUGCCGUGACUUCCCCGUUCGCAGCGCCGUCCCCUGCCCCUCUGGCACAGACAGUCGAGAAGAGAGACGUCCAGAAACGCACAAAGUCCAGCGCCGGACGGAACAGAGGAGGCGCUGCACUUGAAAAGAACAGAGCGAACAACGCGAGCAAACGCUCACCUCAGAAGAUCAAGGAAGAAGAGGAGGAAGAGGAAGAGGUCGAAGAAGACGAAGAGAAAGAAGAAGAGGAAGAAGAGAAAGAAGAGGAAGAAGAGGAAGAACAAGAGGAAGAAGAGGAAGAAGAGGAAGAAGAGGAAGAGGCUGAAGAAGAAGACGAGGAAGAAGAUGAGGUGACGUCGUCUCGUCCCCGCAAUUCUUCUGUUGGAACAACCGGAGGAGAGGGGGAAGGAAAAGAUGCAGAAGGAAGAGAUGCAGAAGGUGUAUCGCAGGCUCCAGCCGAUCCGUAUCUCCUGGCAGAAGCCGAUUACCUUCGUCGAGAAAAACGAUGGGUCAACCGACAGCGCGUUCUCGUCUUGGGAAGUCGCGGCGUCACACAUCUGCAGAGACAUCUGAUGGAGGAUUUCAAGCGGCUUCUUCCUCACCACAAAGCUGAGUCCAAAUGGGAGCGGAAACAGACGAUGAAAGACAUCAGCGAACUCGCGCAACUUCGAGCAUGCAACAAUGUUCUCUACUUUGAAAGCCGGAAGCGAGACCUUCUUCUCCAUGUGUCGAAAAUUCCUCACGGGCCUACUCUGAUUUUCCGCGUUCUCAACAUCCACACUCUGGCCGAGAUGAAGAUGACAGGCAACUGCUUGCUUCACUCUCGCCCACUCCUUCUGUUCAGUCCCGAGUUCGGCUCUGAGCAUGGACCGGCGCAGCCUCAUUUGGCCCUCAUCAAAGAGGUCUUUGUGCAGGUUUUUGGAACUCCGAGAAAUCACCCGAAAGCGAAGCCGUUCUUUGACCAUGCACUCGCCUUCUACAAGUUCGACGGCAAUCGCAUAUGGUUCCGCCACUAUCAAAUUGCUCCGCUUAUCGGAGGUGAAGGAGGUGAUGCAGACACACCCGAGAGACAAACAUUCAUUGAAAUUGGCCCGCGAUGCGUCUUGGAGAUUGUGAAGAUUCUCGACGGAUCGUUCAGCGGGAAGACGAUUUGGAGCAACAGGAACUACAUCUGCUCGAGAGACCUCGUCGCUCUUCAGCGCAUGGGUCGCGCCCAGUCCUACGCCCAGCGAGUUCAGGCUAAGGAAAAACGCACGGAGCGACUGGACAAGCUGCACAUCGAGGAGAGCCCUCUCGCGAUGGAGAACGUCUUUGGGGACUUUGUUCGGGACAGCGAAGAUCGUCGCGGCAAGAAGAAACGGAAAGUGGGAGAAGCGUAGAGUAGGAGACCGAUUUUUGUGUCAAAAAUUGUGUUUCGUUUUCACCAAACCCCCCUUUCUCUCCACUCUCUUGUGAACACACGGUGGUCCACUUUGGUGCACUUUGUCCUGUCUGGCGCACCUCCCUGCCGACUGAUGCUCCACUUCUUCAAACCUCGCGCAUGGUCGGAAUGCAGAACGCCGCGACUCUGUAGCUGACAGCGAAGAAGCUCUCUUGCGGCUCUCCCUAUUUUUUGACGCGCCUCUCCUCCCGCCAGUAGAGAGUCGCCUCAAGCGCAGAACGCGCCUUUCUUUUUGUUUCCACCUCUUUCUGCCACACUCCACAUCCGCCUUGCAGCCGGCGGCUCUCACAAGAAGUUACGUCCUCGGCACCAAGCCGGCAUGAAACGUUCGAGAGACUGCGGUGGGAGCCUCCGCCGAACUUAACACGUCAUGCGCAGAUGCUGCCACUGGCGCUGGACAAGCGGCGUGAGACCCAGUCUUAGAAGAGCACAAGAAACCUGGGAUCCGGAGAAAACACGAUACGUUCACCAUCUCAAGCUGCAGCGCAGCUUUGUGUGGUGUCGAAGCGCCAGAAAAAGCGUAUAGGACUUCUCAGAGAUGCUUUCUCCCAGUACGAUGGCUCUGCUCGCUGUCGAGCAUCUGAGUCUGUUUUCUCUGUCUCUCUCUCUGGUUACGAGUGUGGUAGCAGGGACUUUGUCCAUAUUGAACCUAGAGGGCAACCGAUAGUCCGACACGAUGGUUUUCAAAAGGAAACUGAACUCUCUCCAUUUUGUGCUUUAUGAAAGUCAGUUCCUCGAAACACAACCGCCACAGGGCACCCAGAUAGCGUGGAAAACGGAGAGAAUUUCCUUGAAGAAACGUGGUUGGCAACGCACACAAAACAGAGCGUCAGAACUGUGUUCCAGAAGAGCGUGGAUCCGCUCUCUCAAGAAAGGAUGAAGUGCAGUCGUUUUGUGUCGAGUAAGAGUCCAGGCCCUGUUCUUGCGCUGUGUUUUCUAGCUGGAGGACCUUCGAAAAAAGACAAGGUGUGAGGACGGGACCGUUAUAGGAAACACGGAGACUUCAACACACAGAGGUCCGUUUGCCUCAUUUUUCGGGAAGUCACGCCAAACCCCAACAUUUUCGAAGACC